AUGUCAGCCUCAAAGUUCCCUUGGGUCGCUCCCCCAGCAGCCUCCAGAUGUGUGCAGAUGUUCAUCUGUGCUAAUCCACAAGGUAGUGAAAAACAUAGGAAAGCACUGCGGGAGAGAGUUUGUCCCAAGCUUCGAGAACACUGCAGAAACAAGCACGGCCUGGAAUUCCAGGCAAUUGAUGCAUAUGAGGGAGUAGAUCCAGAUGAUGUCCUGGAUUCUGAUGUCCGGAAGCUGAGGAUUAAGGUGCUGCAGGAAUGUAUACAGUCAUCUGCCGGGCCCUGCUUCGUGGCGUUAAUAGGGGAAGAGCCCGGCAACACCAGUCUACCUGGAGAAAUUGAAACGAGUGAGUUUGAGAUGAUUCUCCGCAGCUCCCAGAAUGAAGGCCUGAGCACCGGGGUCCUGGAGGAAUGGUACAGGCGAGAUGAGAAUGCACUCCCACCCAUCUAUUACCUCCAGGGGAAAGCUGAGGUCCUCCCCCACUACUAUGAUGAGUUGAACUCUAAGGAGAGCAAACAAUCAAUCUCAUGCGCGGUUAAUGUGAAGAGUUUUGUUUUAAACCAGAGGGACCGGGCAUCGAGGGAGCUGGCUCGUGCCGUGUGGCUCAGCAACUACAGGGAAAUGAAGGCAAUCUUCAGCACAACAGUCAGGAUGUGUGUGGAAGAUGGAACGAUGGGCUCAGAGCAAGCUCGCAAGUACUUCACCACCGCUCUUGAAGAGGAGUUGCUCUACGCUUUGGUAAACCGCCAGCCCAGCAUUGUGCAAAACAGCAUCUGCUAUAUUUUUAAAACGCCGCAGAUCACUCACCAUUUGGAGCAGAUCGCGAAGGGUCUGGCGAGAGGAGCCGGCAUAGAGGAGUGGUCGGGAAGCGAGGCCCAGACGUUUGCUAACCACCGCAGGCUUCGGGAUGAGCUUCUGCCCUCUCUGGUCUCCUCAGGCCUGCACCUCUACACCUCCAUGCUGCCCAGCCCCCGUCAUGGAGAUUGCAAGGAGCAGAUGGAACAAGAGUACAUGGAAGGCCUUUGCAGUCAGUUUUACAGCGACUCAGUGAGACUGAUCGAUCGCAGCAACGUACAGAGGUCUGCCGAGGUCCACAGUGCGACGGAUGAAGCAAUGGAAUAUCUACCCGUGUGCGACCCUCAUCCCAGCCUGUGGGAAUACCAAUGGGAAGAGGUGGAGCAGGUUAAAGACUACAUCGUUGGGAAGCAAUCGGCCGCCCCUCUUCUCAUCAUAGGGAGACCCUGCACUGGAAAGACUCUCCUCUUAACAGCUUGCGCCAAGCAGGUGUUGCAUUUAACUUUACUGUUCUUCCGAUCACCCCUGCCCCUUCCACAUCACGUGCGGACAGCACCAGAAAUGAGCGGUUACCACUGUGGGGUAGACUUGAAAGAUGGGUGGGCUAAAGAAAUGGUUGUUAGAGAUAGCUUCUGCGCUGAAAAAUCCCGAUUCUGUAAAUAUUUAAUGAUGUGUUCCUGGCUGAAUGACUGUGAUCCUGUGCCUGUGCUUCGUUUCCUGUCCUCUGCAGGGGUGGUUCCGUGCUUCUCAGAGAUCAUGACAGGGAUGUGUCAACAAAUAGCUCAAAGCUACAAAAAACCCACGCCCCUGCCUUUCCGCGAUGCUGAAGGAAUGAAGGACUGUUUUGCCAGCCUUCUGGCAGCGUCGACCGAGCAACGUCCCCUAAUUAUAAUAAUAGAUGCCAUUGACCAGAUCUCUGAGGCUGUCAGUGACAGAACCUUGUGGUGGUUUCCUAAGCUUCUACCACCCUUUGUCAGGUUAAUCAUUUCUGCGGCUCCUAAAAAGUUUGGCCUUGUAGAGAGAUUCAGGACUUUUUAUCCAAACGCAAUGACUUAUGUUGAGCUGAAGCCAAGGCAGAGGAAAGAAUGCAACAAGAUUCUCACACAGAGCCUACACUCUUCCAACCGAAGGAUCAGCUCUGGGCAGCAGGUAUACGUGAACGCAGCCCUAGUCCAAUGCACCCUGCCACUCUUUGUCACCUUGCUUCACAAUGAACUUCUUUGUUGGAGGUCUCAUGUGGACGUCAGGCAGACUUUGGGAACAGGAGUUCAUGACAGUAUUGAGCGCUUGCUCCAAAGGCUUGAGGAGAAACACGGGGAAAUUCUGGUUUCCAGAGCUUUGGGUUAUGUAACACUUGCAAACUCGGGGCUCAGCGAGGCUGAACUUCUGGACAUUUUGUCACUUGACAAUUCUGUUUUACAAUAUUUUUGGCCCCAAAAUGGCACUCCAGCCUCGGCGAAGGUGCCGUACUAUGCCCUGGCGAGGCUGUGGCUUGACCUGCAUGGGUUUUUGGCGGGAAGGAUGUGUGGGGGAGUGAAACUGCUGCGUUGGACGAGCAGGCACUUUUCGCUUGUGAUCCGCAGGCGCUACCUGAGGGAUGAAGGAAUGGUGCAGGAAAUGCACGGCACCGUAGCAGAGUACUUUGGUGGCCGGUGGGCUAAUGGGAGAGGAAAGCCAAUGCUCGAAAUGCAAGAGUCUCGCGAGCCGGCAACAGAUCUACCAAAAUGUUGUCCGCCAUCCCCGGGAUCAAAAGUUUCCGGGAAGGUGUACAUCGACAGGCAGCAGCCCUCACAACCGUGGCUCUUCACUGCCCGUUUCCCCAACUCUUCUCUGAUCUUCCCGAACCACAGAAAAGCGAUGGAGCUGCCUUUCCACCUCAAGAAAAGCAGGAGGCUAGAAGACCUCUACAGUGAAGUCAUGUCCUCUUUUGAAGCCCAUUGGGCAAUGACUAAAGCCGGCCUGUUGGCUGCCCUGAUAACGGAACUGGAUGACAACACUUGGACUGUAAACCGAAGGGAGAUGAGGUUCCUAUCGAGCAUUUUGAAAAAGGCCAAUUGUUUACUCCGGUGGUCCCCGGACGAGUUGCCAUCCCUCAUCCAGACCAUGGUCCUACCCUUUGUGGAGUGUUUCCCACAGCUGGACAGCUUCCUGAAGCAAGCUUACACAGGUGGCCUGGAACAUUCCGCAAUUGCAGUGCUGCGGAGCCCUGUAGCAACCGUACCCAGAGUACAAGCUGCCUUGUGCAGCUCAGCUGCAGCCACUGAUAUCAUAGAAACUCAGCUCCACUCUCUGGUUCUCGCGGCCUUGGAAGACGGCUCUGUGUUUGCCUGGGACCUGGAGGCUCAAGGCCUCUGGGAGCAACUCAACACGAAGGGAGUCAAAGUCACGAGAGUCGGAUUGUCUGAGGACGACCAAUUCCUGGCUCUCGCGACCGCCCGGGGCACCGUCCUGGUGUAUGACUUCGCGCUGACGUCCCUGCUUUAUGAAGUCGAAGUGAGGAGAAGCGUCGACGGUAGCGAACCGCUGCCGCCGCGCCUCGACUUUGCCCUGUGCGGCGCGGUUGGCCUGGUUUGGUCCGAGAAGUGCACGCGGGUGAGGGUCUUGGACCUGGCGUCCGGUUGCUGGGCCGGCGAGGACCUCCGCUGCCACCACGAGGUCGAGUGCCUCUCCUUUUCCGACGACAGACGGUACGCGCUGUGCGGGCAGCGGACGGGCGCGGUCACCGUCUUCGACCUGCGCGACGGUUUCCCGGUGGCCACCGUCUGCCCGCCCGAGCGGCCCGGGAUCCCGGUGCAUUCCGCCUUCCUGCCCUCGUCCGGCGAGGAGAUGUGCGUGGUGGACAGGAUCGGGAACGUGUGGGUGUGGGCGCUGGGAGCGGGGCGCGAGGAGCCGCCGCGGCUGCUGGAGGAGCAUCUGCGCGCGGAAGGCGACGACGAGCUGCUCAGCGUCGAGCUCUCCCGCCGCUGCCUCCUGCUGUGCCGGGCGUCGCGCGUGGAGCUGUGGGACACCCUGAGCUGGGACCCGCCGGCGCAGUUCAAAGCCCCUCGGAACGGCCGCUUCGCCCGGGCGCUGCUGUCCCGAAACGCCGACGCGAUCGUGGCCGCCGUCGAAGCCUCUCAGUCCUUGUUCGUGUGGCGGAGGGAAAGCGGGCGGUGCGUCCUCAUGCUCGAGAACCGGCCGGGCGCCGUGCUCGCGCUCACCAAAUGCCGCGCGCGGAAGGCCCUGGUGUCGCUCACCUCGCGAGGGUACCUGACGGCCUGGGAUCUGGACUGCGUGGACCAGGCCGCGGCCACGGCCGCGACGGAGAGGCCGGUCCAAGCCCUGCUGCUGUCGCCCGGGGGCGAGCACUUCUACGCGGCCGACGGCACCAGCGUCGUGUACAAGUGGUCUCUGACCCCCUGCCGCGUCCGGGGCACCUUCAGGCACGCCGAGCGGGUGCAGCAUUGCUCCCUCGCCGCCGCGGGCGAGCUGCUGGUCUCGGCGGACGAGGCCGGAGACCUGUACGUGUGGGACACGGGCCGCGGGCUGAACCUGCAGCGGAUCCGGGGCGGGGGCCGCGUGACGCAGCUGACGGUCGCGCCCAACGGCCGCUCGGCCGUCUCGCUCGGCCCCGCUCGCGCCGCCAGGGUGUGGAAGCUUCCCGAAGGGCACGUGGUGUGCGAGGUCCGCGCGCGCCUGCGCAGGGCCGUCAUCAGCCCCGCGAGCACCUUCCUCCUGGGGCUCGAGCGGCCGCGGCUGCUGCUCGCCGUCAGCCUGUGGUCGGGGGGCGCGGCCAAGAGCCUCGCGAGUCCCGACGCCUCGGAGAUCGUGGCCUUCCGGGCGCUGCCCGAGCAUCCCGACUACGUGCUGUUGGUCACGGCCGCCGGCAGCCUCUACACCUGGAACAUGGCGGAGGACAGCCUGUGCCGGCAGCUCCGGCUGCCCGUCAACGUCUCCCGGCAACUGGACGACUUUCAGGUGUGCGCCGCCGGGCGGACGGCCGUGCUGUCCGUGGUGGGCCAGGACAUCCACGUGCUGAACCUCCUGAGCGGUCGGCUGUGCGUCAUCGGCACCCGAGGCGCCAUCUCCCACCAGCGGCUGACCAGAGACGGCAGGUACGUGAUCUACGUCUGCGACGGCGAUCCCUGCGGCCUCUGCCGCCGCCUUCACGCCAGCGCCGUCCUCAACGCCGUGCGGCUGACCGACGGCAAGAGGGUCGGCAGCUGCCGCCUCUGCAAAGCCCCCCGCUGCCUGGCCCUGUCCGAGGAGCCCGACCUCGAUGUGUUUGUGGGCUUCGAAGACGGGAGCGUCGGGGUGUACGCGGUUGUUGACCAGCACGACGCUAAAAGCGGGAUCAACGGUCGAGUAAUGGGCCAAGUGGCCAACCAAGAUGGCGCCCCCCCAGGGACUGAAGGACAUUUCCUGUGUAAGGCCGCGCCUAACGCCGUGUGGUCAGAUAUCCCCCACCAUGAACACUGACAGGGACUCUCUCCUGCACCUCGCCCGGUUAGGGGAGGGAGGCGAGGGGAGGUAAGGGAGGAGCCAGAAAUUUCCUGUUCUUCUAUUUCUGUUAGCAAAUAAUACAAUAAUAAU